AGAAGAGGCAGAGAGGGCGGGGGAGAGAGAGGGAGUGGUUCAGUAACAUAUUCACGUUGACAAACUCGGCCAAAGGCGAGGCCAAUGCCAUAGCCAACUCUCACACCACUUCACAUUCCUCCUUCACUUUCUUCUUUCAAUUUCCGUUCUUUCUGAACUUUUCCGUCACUUUCUCGGGAAAAAUUCUUCCCACAUGGCUAUUUCCCGCAGCUCAUCUCUCCUUCCCGAGAUCGAUGAUAAUACUGGUGGGAAUGGCGGUGCUGGUAAUGACGUUGGCUUCCAUUCGAUCCGCGAUCGCUUCCCCUUCAAGAGGAAUCCUACUCACUUUCGUGACCGGCCCAGGGCCUGCCCCGAUCGCCAAUUGCCUCGAACCAGUCGAUCCCAUCUCAACACUCGCUUCAAUCGCAAGGGGCUGCUUUGGUUAUUCCCUUUUAAAGGGAAGUCGGGUUUCUACGCUAUGAUUAUCUUCGUCUUGUUCUUGUUUGCUUUGGCGUCCAUGGUGUUGCAGAGCUCGAUCAUGUCGGUGUUGAGACAGGCCAGCGAACGUGGAAGGCACUCACCGCCGAAUAUGAAGUUCUUGACUACGUUGAAGUUUGUGCCUGGGAGUUUUAUGCUGGGAGAUGGGCUUGAUCGGGUGCGUUUGUUGCCGAGAAUUGGUGUUCGAGCACCCAGAGUAGCUCUUAUUUUAAGUCACAUGAAGAAAGAUCCCCAGUCAUUGAUGUUAGUUACUAUAGUUCAAAAUCUGCAGAAACUGGGUUAUGUUUUUAAGGUAUUUGCAGUAGGGAAUGGAGAUGCACACUCAAUAUGGGAGAAAAUAGAUGGUCGUCUCUCAUUUUUAAGUCCAGAGGACCAAGGCCAGAUCAAUUGGUCAAUUUUUGAAGGUGUCAUUGUUGACUCUCUAGAAUCAAAGAAAGCCAUUUCAAGCCUUAUGCAGGCGCCUUUCUGUUCAGUACCAGUUAUAUGGAUUAUUCAACAGGAUAAUCUUUCAAGUCGCCUCAAGCUUUAUGAGCAAAUGGGCUGGGAGCAUCUUGUUUCUCAUUGGAGAAGUGCUUUUGGAAGAGCCAGAGUCGUUGUGUUCCCAGAUUUCACUUUCCCUAUGUUAUACAGUGUACUUGACACUGGAAACUUUUUUGUGAUUCCGGGAUCUCCAGUGGAUGUGUGGGCUGCAGAAAGCUAUAGUAGGAUCCAUUCCAAGGAUCAAUUAAGAGAUCUUAGCGGGUUUCAUAGAGAUGAUAUAUUGGUUGUCAUUGUUGGGAGUUCUAUCUUCUAUGACGGUUUGUCUUGGGACUAUGCCGUGGCAAUGCAUGCUGUAGGACCUCUGCUGUUAAAAUAUGCAAGAAGAAAGGAUUCAUCUGAAUCAUAUAAGUUUAUUUUCUUAUGUGGCAAUUCCACUGAUGGUUAUGCUGAUGCGUUACAGAAAGUUGCUUCAAGCUUGGGACUUCCUGAUGAUUCUUUAAGGCAUUAUGGCCUGAAUGGUGAUGUUAACAGCGUGUUACUCAUGGCUGAUAUUGUUCUUUAUGGUUCUGCUCAAAAUAUACAGGGUUUUCCUCCAUUACUAAUUAGAGCAAUGACUUUUGGAGUCCCUGUCAUUGCACCUGAUUUUCCAGUCUUGAGAAAAUAUAUAGUUGAUGGUGUCCAUGGGAUAUUUUUCUCUAAACACAGUCCAGAUUCUUUGAUGAGUGCCUUUUCACUUUUGCUUUCCAAUGGAAGACUCUCAAAAUUUGCUCAAGCCAUUGCUUCAUCUGGAAGACAGCUAGCUAAAAAUGUGCUAGCUUUGGAAUGCAUAACUGGAUAUGCAAGGCUUCUGGAGAAUGUACUCAGUUUUCCAUCUGAUACUUUGUUACCUAAACCUGUUUCUCAGCUUGAACAGGGGUUGUGGGAGUGGAAUUUGUUUGAGAAUGAAAUUGAUCUUGGUGCUCAUAUGCAAGGGGCUGAUGAUGAGUCCGCUGGAAAAGUUAGCAUUGUCUAUACCCUUGAGCAGGACUUGGCUGGUGUAAGUAAUGCAACGAACGUCCCUGAGCAUGAAACUGAAGUUCCAUUUCAUGAUAUCCCAACCAAAUUAGAUUGGGAUAUUCUACAAGAAAUCGAAAGAUCAGAAGAGGUUGAGAUGCUUGAAAUGGAAGAGCUUGAAGAGAGGAUGGAAAGACAUGGGGGCAUAUGGGAUGUGAUCUAUCGUAAUGCUAGAAAAUCUGAGAAAUUGAAAUUUGAAGCAAAUGAAAGGGAUGAAGGGGAGCUGGAGAGAAUGGGACAACCAGUGUGCAUUUAUGAGAUAUACAGUGGGUCUGGAGCAUGGCCGUUCUUGCACCAUGGUUCUCUGUACCGUGGGUUAAGUCUUUCUAGAAGGGCACUAAGACAAUGGUCAGAUGAUGUGGAUGCAACUAAUCGUCUGCCUAUUUUGAAUGACACUUACCUUCGCGACAUCCUCUGUGAAAUGGGGGGCAUGUUUGCAAUUGCAAAUAAGGUAGAUAGCAUUCACAGGAGGCCUUGGAUUGGGUUUCAGUCAUGGCGUGCUGCUGGUAGCAAGGUAGCAUUGUCAGCGGAAGCUGAAAGGGCUUUGACAGAGGCAUUAGUAAAUAAUUCAAAAGGAGAUGUCAUAUAUUUUUGGGCACACUUGGACAUUGGUCGGGGUCUCAUAGGAAGCAGUAAUGCACCUACCUUUUGGUCGAUGUGUGACAUCUUAAAUGGAGGCAACUGCAGAACUGCUUUUCAAGAUGGCUUCCGCCAGAUGUACGCAUUGCCACUACAGGCGGAGGCGCUUCCUCCUAUGCCAGAAGAUGGUCAUUAUUGGUCAGCCUUACACAGCUGGGUGAUGCCAACUCCGUCUUUCCUGGAGUUCAUAAUGUUCUCACGGAUGUUUGUCGAUUCCAUUGAUGCUCUGCAUACAAACUCCACCGAUUCUAAUAUGUGCUCAUUAGGGUCUUCAGAGAUUGAACGGAAGCACUGCUACUGUCGAGUUUUGGAACUUCUCAUCAACAUAUGGGCCUAUCAUAGUGCACGGAAGAUGGUAUACAUAGAUCCCAACACUGGUACCAUGGUAGAGCAGCACCCGGUCAAACAGCGCAGGCCUUAUAUGUGGGCUAAAUACUUCAACUUCACUACAUUGAAAAGCAUGGAUGAAGAUUUAGCUGAGGCAGCUGAUGAUGGUGACCAUCCAAGGGAUAUUUGGUUGUGGCCGUUAACAGGAGAAGUGCACUGGCAAGGGGUCUAUGAAAGGGAGAGGGAAGAAAGGUACAGGCUGAAAAUGGAUAAGAAGAGAAAACUGAAAGAGAAACUGAUUGAAAGAAUGAAACAUGGUUACAAGCAGAAAUCACUUGGACGAUAGGAAAGGCUAUACCUGGACUUCACAUAUCAAAUACUAAAAAUCCUCUAUCCGUUAGUGAAUUGCUAAACUUGCUAAUAAAUCUGGUCAAAUGACCUUUUUUUAUGAUUCAAUAGCAAAGUUGGCAAUUCACUAACAAAAAAGUUAAUAGAUUUAAUGGAUUUUGAUACACGAGGGAUCAGAGGAAGGAUAAAAAUCAAUUAGGGACUCGCUUGAAAAUAAAUCCAUUUGUGAAGGAUCAAAAUACAGUUUUAGUCCCAAGAGCUAAACUCUUUUUUGACCUGACAGAUCAACUGAACCCAGUUUUGCUUGACUUGGAGAAGUUUUGAUUCUAACCAUAUUGGCAGAAACAGGAUUCCAUUUCUUUCUUUCUUUGACUGAAUAGAUAUAACUUUAUGAAGGGAGUAUGAGAAAAGGGCGAGAUAGACAGAGCAAAGGACUUUCUCAGUUAGCUGCUGCUAUUGAAUAGUUUCAUGGCCUUUUUUACAUUGGUCAUUUUGUAGCUACUGCACACAAGAUAGGUAUAAGACUGCCCAAAGUCUUAUAGAAAUUCUUUAUCCAGUUAAGGGACAUUGAAAUUUAGCAUAAAGUUGUAUUCUUUCAUUUCUGUAUAUUAUUCAUCAUUAUUAGUGGC